CCCUCCAACCCAGCAUCACCUACCCCAACCCGCCCCCCACUAGCCAUCCACCCCAGCGCCCAAAUCUCCGACACCACAAUCUUCCAAGGCACGCACCCGAUCUCCAUCGGCGCCCACACCAUCAUCCACCCGCGCGCCCGUCUCUACUCGCACGAGGGCCCCAUCCUCAUCAGCAACAACUGCAUCAUCAGCGAGAAGACCGUCAUCGGCACGCCUGGCCCCUUCCCCGGCGCCUCAAGACCUGCCCCCUCCACCACAGCCAUAACCACAACCACAAGCGAAGGCACGGCAGCAGCAGCAGCAGCAGCAGCAGCAGCCCUCCCCAUCCGCAUCUCCUCGCGCGUGACCAUCGGCCCCGCGGUGUCCAUCGCCCCCGGGGCGCAUAUCCAUUCCGGCGUGGUGAUAGAUGCGCUGGCCGUGAUUAAUCGGCGGGUGGAUGUGGGGGCGCAUGCGAGGGUGUGUGCGGGCUGUGAGGUUGCGGCGGGGACGGGGGUGGGCGAGUGGGUGGUUGUUUGGGGCUGUGGGGGUGGGGGUGGGCAGCGGAGGAGGAGGAGGGAGACGCGCGGGUUGAAUAAAGUUGAUGGUGGGGGCGAGAAACCCGGGAAUGCGCCGUUGGAGGCCAGGACGUUGGAGGAUGCGCGGUUGAUGGUGCUGGAUUUGGAGAGGGAGGCGGUGGGGAGGUUGUUG